CAUGACCUUUAUUUCUUUGUCGAACAGAGACAGACGGACACCUGCAGCCCCGCUUCCUCACUCGUGAGCCCCCCUCCCCCUCCCCCAGGUGGGGACCAGGGGCUCGAACCUGCGGCGCUGCCGCUCUGCAGUGUGCGCGCUCAACCGCGUGUGCCAACACUUGGCCCCAGCUACUAACCUUUUCUUUUUUUUUUUUUUUCUUUUAUUUCUUUAUUUACAACUAUUUCGUUUAUUUUAUCUUGGUGAGAGAGAGAAGGCCUGGCCAGCUCCGGCUGAUGGCGCUGCUGGGGAUCGAACCUGGGGCCUCAGGGCUCAGGCUUGAGAGUCUUCUCACAUGGCUGUUAUGCUCUUCCCCCUGCCUUCUAGCCUGACGUUUUUUUUUUUUUUGUUUGUUUUUUUUAGUUUGAAAAAUAUUUAUUUAUUCAUGAGAAAUGAUAGAGACCCAGACAUCAUCACUCUGGUACAUGUGCUACUGGGGAUUGAACUCGGGACCUCAUGCUUGAGAGUCCAAAGCCUUAUCCACUGCACCAGCUCCCGGACCACUAUCCAAACUUUUUUUUUUUUAUUUCUUUAUUUACAAAUAUUUGGUUUAUUUUAUCUUAGUGAGAGUGAGAAGCCCUGCCCAGCUCCGGCUGAUGGUGGUGCUGGGGAUUGAACCUGGGGCCUCAGAGCUCAGGCAUGAGAGUCCUUUCACAUUACUAUUAUGCUAUCCCCCCCCCUUCUGCCUUCCGCCUUCUAUCUUAACAUUUUUUAUUUCUUUAUUUACAAAUAUUUUAUUCAUUUUUAUCUUAGAGGGAGAGAGAAGCCCUGCCUAGCUCCGGCUGUCUGUCUGUCUGUCUAUAGCAGAUCGCAUAGAAAGACGCCACUUUGAUUAAUUUUUUUUUUUUUUUUAAUAUAUCUUAGAGACGGGGUGAGAGCGGAAGCAGACCACAGCACCAAAGCUUCCUUCAGUGGAGUCUGGACUGGGAUCAUCCUGGGUCCCGCACAUGGCAGAGUAGCCACACUCCCCAAGCCACACUUGCAAGCAGGGGGAGCCGCUUCCUCCAGGGCUUCACUGCUCCACGCUGACUUUUUCAGAUAAAAAGCCAGAGAAGAGGAAAGAAACCCCGCAGUGCGGAAGGUCCAUCUAGCGCAGCAGCGAAGGGCAGUCUGGAGCCUGGGUUUCCCUGCAUGGUGGAGCAGGCACAGUUUCCGAAAAUGGGCUCUGCAUCGCUAUUACCUCAAUUUUUAGAUGUGGAUCUGACGAUAUCGCAUGUAGAAUGCUUCUCCAAGGACAUUCUGGUGAAAUUUCAAGGCAGAAGUAAUAACGAGUGUUCAUUUGACUACCACAUAUUGCAGAGGGAAAUACAGCAUAUUCCAAAAGUGAAAAGUGAUGUGGGAAUAGAUGAAUUUUGUUUGGUAGAAGAAAGAAUUUCAGGAGAAUGGCAAAGAGGAAGAGUUGUGGAAAAGAAAAAUGAACUCUAUACUGUGCUUCUGAUUGACUGUGGAGAAAAACUGAGAGUUGACAGGACACAGGUUGCUUCAGCCUCUGGCAACUUAUUUGAGCUACCACCACGGGUGGUAUUUGGUAUUUUUGCCAACUUACUUCCAGUUGGGGAAAGAUGGUCUCCUAAAGCACUGAAUUAUUUCAAGUCAUUGGUAGGACUACAAGUUAAAGGCUUUGCACAGGCUGUUUUGCCUCUUCAAAUUAUCCUUCUUGAAGCGCCAAAAAUCAUUUCCCAGGUCCUUGAACUACGGUUAGGAAGACUUAUCGAUGGAGAGUCCUUCCGUCUUAUUGUGGAUAUGUUGAAAGAAUUCCCACAGCAAAUGCCAGAUUUACUACAACACGAAAGACCCGGAUUACCACUAAACAGCAGUGCUACCUCAGUUGAUAUUCAGCAUGUUCUCGACAACUUGCAACCAUCUUUGCCAGUGGGCAGCACUGCAAGUGUCAAGGUCUCAUCUGCUCUGAGCCCCAGCAAAUUUUAUUGUCAACUCACCAGGUGGAUUCCAGAGUUGGAAAACUUGACUGCAUGUAUGACUCUGCAUUAUGAUCUUGUCACUGAAGAAAGUACAUGUGACAAUUUCGGUGUACUAUGUGUUGCCAAAAGGCAAAAUGGACAGUGGCACAGGGGCAUUCUCCAGCAGCUUUUGCCCAAUAAUCAAGUGAAAGUCUGGUUCAUGGAUUAUGGCAACAGUGAGGCUAUAGCUUCUGUUCAUGUAAAGAAACUUAAGCAGGAUUUUAUUGUAGUGCCAUUGUUCUCCUUCCCAUGCUCUCUGACAUGUUUGCACAGUUCAGAUAAAGACAUAAGCAAAUGUCAACUGAGUAUAUUUAAACAGGCUUUAUUAGGGCAGAUAGUAUAUGCACACAUUGAUUGCUUCAAUAAAGAUGAGCAAUUGUAUUACUUGACACUGCAAACUGGAGAAUCCAUGGUUAGUAAUAAGUGUCAGAAGACAGAAGGCACACAGAUGCUCUGUCCUGUGUCCAGCCCCAAAAUCUCUGUGUUGAAAGAGACUAGAGCUUCGGAUGUGAACAGCUUCGCCGUCCAGAGAUUCAUUGGAGACACUGAGCAGCCAGUAGGCUCUCUAGAACAAAAAGGUGUUUUAAAAGUUGGUUCUCCUAUUAAAACGAUAGAAAUGAAGAUAGACACGACCUACAUCGCCUUUGUAGCAUAUGUCUUAAACCCAUCAAACUUCUGGGUACGCACUAGUGAAUAUCAGAAAGAUUUUCAAGACAUCAUGAGCAAUAUAAACAAGUUUUAUGACUUGUCUGACAACGAUGAGCUGACCCUAAGAAAUCCAGAAGCUGGAGUACUGUGUUGUGCCAGGUACAGCAAGGACAGGUGUUUCUAUAGAGCCAUCGUCACUGAAUCAAAUCCUUGUAAGAUCAAUGUUUACUUUCUGGAUUAUGGAAAUACUGACUCUGUGCCAUUUUUUGAUGUCAAAAUUUUGCUUCCAGAGUUCUGUGAGUUGCCUGCCCUAGCCAUGUGCUGUUCUCUUGCACAUGUAUUUCCUGUCGAAGACAUAUGGGUGAAGGCCGCAAUCGAUUAUUUUAAGAAAGUGGUCUUGAACAAAGCAGUUCUGCUUCAGGUUAUAUCAAAAAAAGAUGACAAGUACACGGUAAAUAUUCAGAGCAUCGAAGCCCCAGAAAAUAUAAACGUCACCUCUCUGAUGUUACAGUCUGGAUAUGCGGAAUAUUGGGAAGUUGAACCAGAAUGUCAUUCAAAAGCUGCAAGUGAAUAUUCUGUGUUAAAACCAAAAACCAAAGUUAAUAUUCAGAAGGUCUUAUCUGCCCUUCUGGAAAGAUCUAAACCUAAAAAGACCCACUUAAGUAGGUUAAAGAAAAGUAGCUUAACGUUGUCGGAGUCCUCAGCGUUUGACGUCUCAGAUUUAAAAAAUUCCUUGAGCUUGUCUGUGGCUACUAUAUCAAAACAACCUUACAGAGCGUAUAUGUUUAAACCAGGAACAGUCCUUGAAGUUAAAUGCUCCUCUUACUCUGGCCCAAGUGACUUCUCAUGCCAGCUCCAAUGUAAAUCAGAAGACCUAAAGUUAUUAAUGGAACAGAUUCAAGAUUAUUACAGUGCGCAUUCAGACCCUUACCAGAUGGGGCAGACUGCUUGUGUUGCUAAGUAUUCCAAAGAUGGGAAGUGGUACAGAGCUACUAUUUUGACUCAGAUAUCAGCAACAGAAGUUGAUGUAGUCCUUGUUGAUUACGGCUACCAGGAAAGAGUUUCAGUUACAGAUCUUUGUGCUAUUAACCCCUGUUUCCUACAUUUAGAAGGCCAAGCGUUCACAUGCUGUCUUAACCAUUUAGUUGAACCUGUUAGUUGUAAAUCACUCAUCUGGACAAGCGAAGCAUGCAGAGACUUCGGGAAUUUUCUUUGUUCUUCUAGAGGGUUGUUGAGUUGUGUCAUCUAUGCCUUAGUUCUCACACAUCCAGGCUAUUUAUACAAUUUAGUGGAAUUACAUUCUCCAUCUAUUAGUGCUAAAGAAUUUCUUCUUAAUCAUGGCUCUGCACAGUACAGCAUAUUAUCCAAGUCAUUUCCACCUUCUGUUAGUCUUUAUAGUUACUACUAUUCUUCUUUUAAUAUAGAAGUCGGAAGUGAGGAAGUGAUUUACAUAUCUCACAUCUGUAGUCCCAAAAAGUUCUACUGUCAGCUUAGUCGAAAUAGUAAAGACCUAGAGAUGAUAGAAUCAAAAAUCACAGAGAUCAGUAACAUAAAAGAUUACCCAAAAUAUGACUGUAGUAAAACGAGGCUGUGCGUAGCCAAGUACGUAGAGGAUGGUCUUUCCUAUAGAGCUUUAGCAAUGCCGACGGAUUCCGCGUCUGACUUUCUGGUUUAUUUUGUAGAUUUUGGAAAUAAACAAUUAGUAGAACAAAGUAUGUUGAGGGCUAUUUCUGAUCACUUUCCCGAGUUGCUGUUUACACCUAUGCAAGCUACUAAGUGCUUUUUGUCAGAUCUUAGAGACGUAGAUAUCCCAACAGAAAUCACUAACUGGUUUGAAGAUAACUUCUUGGGCAAACCAUUAAGGGCAGUUAUACUGUCCAGGGAGGCAGAUGGUCAGCUUGGAGUAGAGUUAUACGAUGGCUAUGAACAUAUAAAUCAGAAAAUUAAAGCAUUGCUUCACGAUUAUGAAAAGAAGCAUUGUUCCCAAGAACACUGCUAUUUUAUGGAAAAAGUCCAUAAAAUGAGUGAAAAGGAGGGCCUUAGUCCUUCCUUGAAAGCCCAAAAUGAAAACAGCCAUCAGCAUAGUAUAAGUAGUCUAGUAAAAUAUUCUGAAAACAAAAUAGAACAGAUACUAAAUCCCCAGAGUAUAUAUACCAGGUUUUUGAACCCAUUUGUUUGCUAUAAAAUUGAACCUGUGUCAAAAAACAAAGUGAAGAAGUCUUUGAAAGAUGAACUUAAAAGUAAGUGUGUAAAAAUCGUCCCUGGAAAUGCAUGUCUUUUUGACGAAAGUGCUGUGGGUCAGAAACCAGUAAGGGUUGUGUCACAGUCUUUUAUCAGAGACAUCAGUCAAGUGGUCUCAAAAAACCCACUUAAUCUUUCUAGACCACAGAUUAAAGACCUUCCUCAACCCAAAAUUGACCUGAAGGCCAAAGUUAAGGGGUACGUGUCUCAUGUCAAUAACCCAGCAAGUUUCCAUAUUCAGCUUGCGGAGAAUGAAAACGUAAUCCUCAGCCUGGCAGAGGCUCUAAAUGAGAGGACAGAUACCACACCAGGGAGUACAUUCGUUAACCCAAUGGUGGGAGACCUGGUAGUCGCAGAAUAUGCCCGUGACAAUGCCGUUUAUAGAGCAGUCAUUAAGAACAUUUUACCAGGAGACUCUUUGGAAGUGCAGUUCAUUGACUAUGGCAACUCUGCAGUAGUAAGCACAUCAAGCAUCUAUGAACUUCAGGGCGAAUUCUUGAGCAUCCCACAGCUAGGAAUUCAUUCUUUCCUUAGUGGAGUCAAAUGGAACGAGCCUGAUGAAAUAUGGGACAGUAAAACUGUGGGUUACUUUAUUUCGAGAGUACGUAAUAAAGCAGUUUCUUGUGAAUUUUUGAGAAAACAUGAACAUAAAUGGGAAGUAGACAUGACUUGUGAUGAAAAAUGUGUCACUAAUGAACUGUUGAAAUGGACAGCGUGCUCAAAACUGCAGAGAAAAGUAUUGGAACUGCCUCCGGUUGUCUCUCAGAUUGCCAGCCCUGGUGAGGAGGUCAAGAGAGAGAGGGCAAGGUCAAGUGAAGUGGAAAGUCGUCAGGCCCCCCGCCCACCCUGUCAACAGUUGGCUAAAAUUCCUCUUGAAGAGGUCAAACCAGGACAACUUGAAAAGGCUGAAAUACUGCAUGUUUCAAAAAGUGGGACAUUUUAUGUGAGGUUGGCAAAAAGCACAAAAGAAUUAGCAGACGUAACAGCACUCAUUAAUAAAGAAGUUAAAAAGACCUCCUUUUUAUCAGUGGAGAGUGUUAACAAGGGCUUAGAAUGCUUGGCAAAAUCUAGGAAAACACUGAAGUGGUAUCGAUCCAAAGUAGAAAAAAAAUGUGUCGAUGAGAAGCUGCUUGUUUUUUUAGUGGAUCACGGCAGGUAUGAAAUAGUGUCUUCAUCCAGUACCAAGGCACUUCGUGACGAGGUGCGAAAUAUUCCAAGACAAGCUGUGCCCUGUAAGUGGAUUUGGUUUGAAAACUUCAGGAAAAUGCCUUUUGAGUCCAUUGUGUGUUUGUUUGCUCAUUUGGAAAUAAACAUCCUUUUCCUGAGAUACCUGAAUUCUUUCUGGGAAGUAGAAAUUCUAGUAGGUGACCUGUUACUGUUGGAAUAUUUAAAGACAUUUCAUGCCGAAAACAAGCUGAGGCCUUCAGAAGUCCUUCGCAGUUUGGGGCCUAAGUCUCCCAUGCCAUCGUGUGCGGUAAGAUCAUUUACCUGGGCACAAUUCCAGAGUGGUAAGCAGUACUCUGGAUUUGCCACUGCUGUUUGUGACCCACUGGACUUCUCUAUUCAGCUAGAAGAUUUCUUUGACACGAUGAAAUCUCUGUUUCUGUUGCUCUCUGACCUGCCAGAAAACUUGGAAACGGUGCCUCAAGAGCGCAUAACUCCUGGCUUGGGCUGUUUAUUCAAAUACGACUUAGAAGAUCAGUGGAAUAGAGUAGAAAUUUCUGAUGUCUCGGCUCAGUUUCUACAUCUUGUUCUGAUUGACUAUGGAUUUUCCAUUUUUAUACCUUACUCAGCUAUAAAAAAUCUCAAACUUGUUCCUGAGGCAAUUUUGAGCGUCCCAAGGCUAAGUUAUCCUUGUCUCUUAGAUGGUGUCUUACCCGCCACAGAGAAACACUGGAGUGAAGAAACCAGAAAUUUCUUUCAAGAUUUCCUAAGUAAACCAGGAUUAGUUUUUCAGUUCAGGGACUAUCAUUUUGAGACGAAACUGAAAGUAGAUGUCAUUCAUGAGGAAAGAAAUUUAGCAGACCUGCUAGUUGCAUCUGGUUUUGCCAUGUAUUCUAAAGAUUCAGCUCAUCUAGAUUCAUGUGCCACUGCUGGCCCGACUGAAACUCAGUAUAAACUGCAGACUAAGCCCGUUUGCUCUUUAUUAAGUCAAAACUGUCACAAAAGUGGAGUUAUGAAUUACACAUGUAGCGAAAAGCCCAAGCUGAAAAGGAACCAAAUGAAAAGAAGAGAUGUCGGUAAGAACCACAUGAGCAAAAGCCCUGUUAAUAAAAGGUCGCAUUCUAGAAAUUUAACGCUGAGGAAGAAGGUUGACAGCAGACAAGACCCCCAGAGUGCCACUGCAUAUAGCGCAUGUGCAGCAGCUUCCUUUCUGGAACCACCUGACGGGGUGACGAGAGAUGCCGGCUGCGUUGAAGACAGAUGUGGAAAACCACCAGCUGAAGGAAUACAGACAAGUGACAUCGCGGACCUAGUGAAAGCAAUGCAAGCCAAUGCAAACAACGUCUCAGAACACUUCAAAGCAGCAGAAGAUGAAGGCUCAGAGAAGCUGUGCUCCAUUUUGGCAACAGACGACUCCUAGUUGACCAGCGAUGACUUUCUUGUUUUCUGUGCUCCAGAUACAUAGUAAAAAUGGUCGUCCGAUUCAGAGGAUGAAGAACCACUUCUGGGGCACCUCAGCUUCACUUGGACUUUGCUGUAGAUGAUGAGGUCAGAGCCUGUCGUGAUGCCGUGAUGGAAUGUCGCGCUGGAGGUCUGGGCCUGCGGGCGGCAUGUUGCACGUGUGAACUGGUCAGAGUACAGAAGAUGUUGCAUCAGGCAAAGAUUUGUGUCAGUAACAUGUAACAUUCGCUGCCCACACGCUCCUAUCUAAUGUGACCUGACUCUCCUCCACGUGGCGUGUAAUCCCACCUUCCUUCCCUUGGAUGUGGGAAGGUCUGUGACUGCUUUGACUCAAGCCUGGCACUUCAGAACCACAGGACCGUGUGACCUUAGUGUGACUGGCCAGAAAAAGCCUUUCGCAUACUAUUUUUUUUUUAAACACUUGCACCUCGGGCACUGGACCAUCAUUGAGGAAAUCCAGUUGCCACAUUCAGCCUCGGAGGCCACAUAAGCAGCAGGGGGAGUCCUGGGUUCAGUCCUCUGUACCAUAGGGACCCCAGGCGAGCCCCUGACAUCGGCAGGCCUGUCCUGUAGCAGGCAGUUCCAGACGUCUCCGUCUAUACUGUUCUUGUUGACUCCAUGAGCAUCGUGCAGAGACACGCCAUCUCCAGCACAGCCAUGUCCAAAUUCCCAAGCUUCAAACCUCAUGAACUUCAAGUAGCUGUCGGAUACACUGAGAGCUGUGGGAGUGGCUGGAUGAUUUAAAAAUAAGUAAGAUUCUAAGAGUCACGAGAACUUCAGGUAGCUAGUUAAGAGUGAAAAGGUGAGUUAGCAAAUACAGUCACCUUCAGGGGGAAGUUCUCACACGCAUUCACUGGUGGUGAGUGGCUUCUUGAUUGACUCAGUUUUGACUUACUAAGUUGCGUGGUUCUGAGUUCUAGGUAUUUGAUGUGCCACUGUCCCUUUGCAUCGGUUUAUUUGUAAAGUUUAACUUGUACUUUGUUCCUGAUUAAAAUUCAAUAAAUGCGUUUCUUUCA